CCUGUGUGGGGGGACGGGGAGUGGCAAUUCGACGACAGGUUCGCGGGUUUGCCUCCCACGCCCCCACUCCCUGUGUAGUCCCUGUGUUGUGCUGACAGCAGCCUCCACUGAAGACCAUCCUCUCUCCUGGUGCCGCCUCCGCCCUUCCUACGGGCUCCUUUUCCUUCCUCUACCUAUUUAAAUAACAUUUGGAAAUUGUUUCGAUUUAAAAAGAAAAAAAAAAAGGAGGAGGAAUUGGAGUUCUGGAGACGCAGAGGGACACAGGGUAGUGUGAAGGAAAUCUUUAGCCAUGGAUGUAUUCAUGAAAGGACUUUCAAAGGCCAAGGAGGGAGUUGUGGCAGCUGCUGAAAAAACCAAACAGGGUGUGGCAGAAGCAGCAGGAAAGACAAAAGAGGGUGUUCUCUAUGUAGGUUCCAAAACCAAGGAGGGAGUGGUUCAUGGUGUGACAACAGUGGCUGAGAAGACCAAAGAGCAAGUGACAAAUGUUGGAGGGGCAGUGGUGACCGGUGUGACAGCAGUAGCCCAGAAGACGGUGGAGGGCGCAGGGAACAUUGCAGCUGCCACUGGCUUUGUCAAAAAGGACCAGCUGGGCAAGAGUGAAGAAGGAUCCCCACAGGAAGGAAUUCUGGAAGAUAUGCCAGUGGAACCUGACAAUGAGGCUUAUGAAAUGCCUUCUGAGGAAGGCUAUCAAGACUAUGAACCUGAAGCCUAAGAAAUAUCCUUGUUCCCAGUUUCUUGAGAUCUGCUGACAGAUAUUCCAUCCUGUACAAGUGCUCAGUCCCAAUGUGCCCAGUCAUGACAUUUCUCACAGUUUUUACAGUGUGCUUUGAAGUCUUCCAUCAGCAGUGAUUAAAGUAUCUGUACCUGCCCCCACCUAGCAUUUCGGUGCUUCCCUCUCACUGAAGUGAGUAUAUAAUAGCAGGGUCCUUGUGUGCUGUGGACAUUGUGGCUUCAAAUCUAAAAUGUUAAAGCAAAUUAAAAACACCUAAGUGACUACCACUUAUUUCUAAAUCUUCACUAUUUUUUUGUUGCUGUUGUUGAGAAGUUGUGAUUUACUAUCAUAUAAGAUUUUUAGGUGUCUUUGAUGAUUCUGUCCAAGAAUAAUGAUGUAUCGUGAAAUUUGUUAAUAUAUACAAUAUAUAAAAUAUGUGAGCAUGAAACUAUGCACCUAUAAAUAUUAACUAUGAAAUUUUA